CCAUGACUGAUGGAAAUAUAUCAUACCCCACUAACGUCCCAAUUGCACCCAAUCCAAUGGAACCAUACCUCAGCAUGACGGGCAUAACGGCGGAUGAUAUGAAACCGGAGUACUGCUGGACCAACAAAUUUCAGUGGUUACCUUGUGAAGUCCAAUUCACUGGGCGGGAGACAGAAGUGCGGAUUACUUCAUACAUCAAUAACCUUCAUCCCAAAAACAGACGGGCCUAUACUGCGAUCGAGAAGCUGAUUUCCACCAGCAUAGAGCCAUGGAACCAGGUUGUUAAGAAAGUCCAUGGUCGCUAUCCGCCGCGCAUACGGUCGUACGAGUACGAAGCCAAUGAUCUGGGUGAUGAGUCCCGGGACGCAGAUCCUUUCGUCUACAAAUGUAGGCUGCCAAACAAGAGGUGGACCAAAGAGACCUGGGCAGCUUACCUUGUCAGAGCAAGGGAGUAUUUUGCUCUACCCAGACCUGAUUUAAAGUAAUGUGUCGAAUAUCCUGAUCCUUUCGAGGAGGCGGAUCUAUCAGAGUUUACCGUCCCGGACACAACACCAGACACAAGGCAAGAGGCCCGGUUUAAACAGGUUUAUAACUGGAAAAGGUCAAAUCUCCGGACAUUCAAAUAUCCAGAGGCAGGCAGCUCAUUUUCGUACGAAGAUUGGAAGCAAGGCAAGAUAUCCAGCAGUUACAUUCUGAAGAACCAUUUGUACUCGAUGGACAAUGACAAUCCAGACAAUGACCAUCCAGAUAAUGGAUAUAGCGGCAUUUGUUACGUCACAGAUAGCGAUCAUAGCUAUCAGUCCUACUCUGUACAGGACAAGUUCCGGGA